UUUGUGUGAUAACAAGGGACGAACACUGGACUGUGAUAUCAUAUUACUCUGCAUAUACAGAAGAAAUUGUUUGAAUGUGAAAUCUGUCUCUGAUACAAAAGAAAUCAACCAUGGCUGUAACAACAAUGCUCACAAGGGGGUCAGUGCUGUUUUUUGUUGGUGUGUUCUUUGCGCUGGUAUUGAACUUUCUGCAAAUCCAGAGCGAGUCAUCAGUAGAGCUCCAUUCCUUCCCUGAUGAAGUUUUACAACUAUUUGCCUCAGCUUGGUGGGUCCCAUUAGGUUGUGGAUUAGCAGCAGCAUUUAUAGGGCUGGUGUAUCCACUACUGGACAAGCGUCUGGGUGAGCCGAACAUGUGUAAGGGGGAGUGGUCCAGUGUCAUGCGAUGUGUGGCAGUGUUUGUAGGGAUCAACCAUGCCAGUGCUAAAAUAGAUUUUGCCAACAAUAUGCAGCUAUCUGUAACCUUGGCUGCCAUGUCUAUUGGUCUAUGGUGGUUAUUUGACCGCUCCAAGAGUGGAUUUGGACUUGGUGUUGGUAUUGCUGUCCUUGCUACCCUCAUCACACAACUUCUAGUCUACCAUGGAGUAUACAGGUACACCAAAGCAGAAUUUCUCUUUGUACGGUCCUGGCUGCCAUGCAUUGUUUUUUCUGGUGGAGUAACGAUGGGAAACAUUGGCAGACAACUGGCUAUUUAUGAUGGCCAUGAAGCUGACGACUCCAAAUUGAAGAAAGACUGAAAUCCUUCAACAAAACCUUGCAGGGAAGAAAACAUUUCAGAAGAAAGAAAAGCAAAACUGUAUUUGCCAUAUUGUGUUCAACAGUUGGCCAUAUGCACUGCUGAUCAGUCAACAGCUGCUAAAUGAAGUUUUAUUGCAGCAGAAUUGCUGAUUGUAAGCAUAGAUCUGACUGGUCCACUGACUUACCAAAGGCUGUAUGAAAGGUAAGGUCUCCUUGGUUACUUGUUUGGAGACUGGUUCCUUGUCUUGAAACAGCUGAUUGGAUCCUUGCCUGGAGACAGCUUAGUGAUUCUAAUUGGUACCUUGUCUGGAGACAGCUUGGUGAUUCUAAUUAGUGACUUGUCUUAAGACAUGUACAUUUGGUGAACUAGUACAUCGUAGAGUGCAAUGACAUUUGUCUCUCCUUUUGGAAAUACUAGUCCAGUUUCCCAGUACCAGGAAGAGUAAGCAUUUUGGGGAAGGCACAUUAUUACAGCCAUCUUCAAUAGUGAUUGUUCUGUACAAACUCUUGUUCAAUCGAUAUGUGUAUGACAGUAAUGCAUAAUGAGGAAUAAGAUUUCUGUAGAUGUUCAGUCUUGAUUUACAGGCAAAAUAUUCCAGUUAUAUAUUUGUUUCCUCUCACUUUGUUUGGUAAAAUCUAUAUUGCAUAUUCAUUGAUUUUGCCUUUUUAAAUGUCCAGUAUUAAAUCAUUGCAAAUUUUAUCUACUCUAAUAUUAAGAUAAACAGUUGGUGUAUUUUUGACUAGGAACUGUGACAAGAUAUGAGAGAAACAUCUUUUACCCAAGUAUCCUGAUGCACCAAAUUUGCAAAUUCAGAAAGUCUUCUUCAAAAUAUUUUUAUCUUGAAUCAAGGUGGUACUUCUUUAAGUAGAUUGAAACAUGAAAAUAAUUGUUGAAGAAUAUCUCAUUCUUUUAAUGGUGUAAAUAAGUUGAAUUGGACAAAAGCAUUCCAGGUGCAUGCCAACUCGUAAUUAUACAUGGUAUUGUGCCAUCAAUAUAUUGUCUUGUUGCACAAAUUAAACAUCUUUGAUUGUCAUCGAUAUAAAAAAAAUUGAUACUGAUUCAUCUGUUUAAUAAAGUGUGGUGUCGAAGGGAGAUAAUUAUCCCUUGCCAAACACAUUUUGCGGGGAUAUUAAUUUGGGCUAUGUCAGUCCGCCCGUCCGUUGUUCUGAGGGAUUUUCCACUCUUAUAACUUCCAAACCAUUCAACUGAACUUCUCAAAAUUUGCUGUGUAAAUUAAGUUAGUGCCCUAGUUAUGCCUUUUGUUAUUGACAACAUUUCUUUUUUUCAUAUAUUUUUUCUGCUACCAAGCAAACAUAAGUAAAAAAAAAUACAAAUUAUUGUUGUCUUUCCUUUGCGGGCUACAACUUUGGAACCAUGCCACUCAAUUCCACAAAACUUUCUGUAGAUAUUAGGUUAGUGCACUAAUUGUGACUUUUGUUAUGGAGGACAUUAUAUCAUUAAUCUUUUAUCUGUUACCAUCAAAUGUUUGAUUUCUUGUGACUUAUUGUGUUACUCCAGAACUUAUAGUGUUGCAUAAAUUUGUUCAUGGACAAUACCAAACACACAGGACCUACAUCAAGUUAUAAACUUUUACUAUAAGGUUGAUAUAUGAUGUGGUCAAGUUGAGGAUAUACAAGGAAAUAUAAUUGAUAUAAUAAUAGACAAAAGAAGACAUUACACUUUGCACUAUUACUUUCACUGUAUACGUGUUCUUCAGGUGGUUGUAGUGGUACAUAAUUGAGUGACAUCACCAAUUGCUAUACCUUUAUAAACAGCUGAGUGCAGGGGAUAAUGCCAUGUUUUGUGAUUCAUUGUUUUUCUUUUGGCUCAGAUUUUUUUAUUUUUGUUAAAAUUUUUUAGUCUUAUAACAUAGAUGCCAAUAAGGCUAAAUGUCUCGCAUUUCACACACCUGGUUAAUGUAGAGAAUUGAUAUUGAGAAAAAACCUCUUUAUCUUCCUUUAAUAUCGGGACACUAAACUAUUACUUGAACUUUUAUUUACUUUUACUUUGUAAAUAACUGCUUGGUCAACAGCGACAAUAGAACUGUAUGGAUGGGUAGAUUAAAUUACUGUGUUACACAGGAAUUUUUUUUUUAAUGUGCAGGUAUACCAAAAAUACUAUUGAUUUCUAUAGACGUUACAAUUGAGUACUGCAUCAGAAGGUUUUGUUUGAGAGAUAUUACAUACCUCACUGGUAAAUACUUAAUAGUAUCAAAAAAGGAGCACAUAGUUGUAUGUGAUUGAUAAAUGGUUAUUGAUAAACUGUUGUGAUGGAGAGUUUUCUCCCUUGAAUGAGAAAGUCCAUGGGCAAAAGUAUUUAAUCAUGAAAGUUGAUCGAUAUGGUUGAAUGGUAGCUAUUUUUGUGUGGUAUAUGAGACACACACAAACAUAUAUAUAUAUAUAUUGUACAUAGAUGUAAGGAAUAAACCGUAUCUAUGUGAAAAUAUAUUAUGCGAGUUGAAUGAGAAACAUUCAGAAGGAGUUUGGUUGGAUGUGCGAUUCAUUUUACGUGUAUAUGUGUAAUGUUAAAAGUGUCAAGGCUUGUGUAAAGAGAAAAUAUGCUGAAUAUGAAUGAAAGUGAAAUGUAUACUUACACACAACCUGUGUGUAAAUGUGUGUAUGCUUAGUACUAGUAUAUGGCAUGUAUUAUUAUGGAAUGUUGCUGGUUUUGUGUGUGUGUUUACGUGAAUCAUGUUCCUUAAUAGCAACAGUGUUACAAUCAUGUAUACUUCUGGUAGAAAGUGAUAUGGACCUUUUUUUCUUCACAUUUUUCCACAUUAAAUAUGACACUGAUAUUGGAAAAAAAAAAGUUUUUGGUUGUGAUCACAAAUGCUUGAUUUUAAUCUAGUGAUAAUUUUAUACAAGACUGAGUCUGCAUCCCCACAAUAUCAUAAGAUUACAGAUCAGAGAAUGUAGUCUGAUAUAUAUUUAUAUCCAAGAAACACAUUUUUUAUUUGUCAGAAUCAAUGUGACAUUAGGGUCUCUUUUACAUUAUUGAACUGAUUUUGAUAGUGAAGAAUGAGUUAUGAAUGUUCACAUGUGUCCUUAUCAUAGGAACUGAUGUUGGUGAUGAGGAAUGAGAGUUAUGUGUACACACCCUAUAUCAUAGGUAAUGAUGUUGGUAAUGAGGAAUGAGAGUUUUGAAUGUGUACACAUCCUGUAUCAUAGGUACUGAUGUUGGUGAUGAGGAAUGAGAGUUAUGAAUGUGUACACAUCCUGUAUCAUAGGUAACUGAUGUUGGUGAUGAGGAAUGAGAGUUAUGAAUGUUUACACAUCCUGUAUCAUAGGUAACUGAUGUCGGUGAUGAGGAAUGAGAGUUAUGAAUGUGUACACAACCUGUAUCAUAGGUACUGAUGUUGGUGAUGAGGAAUGAGAGUUAUUGAAUGUGUACACAUCCUGUAUCAUAGGUAACUGAUGUUGGUGAUGAGGAAUGAGAGUUAUGAAUGUUUACACAUCCUGUAUCAUAGGUAACUGAUGUCGGUGAUGAGGAAUGAGAGUUAUGAAUGUGUACACAUCCUGUAUCAUAGGUACUGAUGUUGGUGAUGAGGAAUGAGAGUUAUGACUCUCUUUACAUGCCAUAUAAACUUCAUACUGUGUUUUGUGUACAAAUAUUGUUGCACCUGAUCUUAAGGUGUAAAAGAAACAUUAAAAAAAAAAAAACAGAAAUAAAGACCAAUAAAAAAG